UUUAAUCGUUAUGAAGUAGUGGGAUAUCAUUGGUUGGUGUCCGGGAUCGGUUGAGCCGCAUUAGGUAUUACUAGUGGCAGGAGGCGGUGCUGUAGUCGCUUCCAUAAAUCCUCUUAUCCUGACCCUAUGUCUACAUGAGAGGGGAUAACGGCCUCCAAACGGGAAUUGUUGCAUCAAAAAGAAUUUCCACGGUCUGUGUGAAGCCGCCCUAGCAGUUACCACAGACUUGACAGUCUCAGUGUCCUCUCUCUCCAGGAAGACGCUGGAUGCUCAGGCGAAACUUUGAUACACAGGACAGGACCCAGCCAAGCAAAGCAUCUCUGGCCGGCAUCACUCUGAGCUGUAACUGGCCCAGAAAGGUACCCUGCAUACUGUAUCAGCUCUCUGAGCUGUGACUAUCCCUGACAGGUGCCUGAGCUGUAGCUUCCCCAGAGAUGUGCCCUAGCCAUCACCUGCCUGAGUACUAACUGCCCCUGAGAUGUGCCCUACCUAUAUCACUUGAAAGAACUGUAACUACCCCUGAGGGGUGCCCUAUCUGUCAGCUGUCUGCGCUGUGAGUGGUACCUUACCUAUGUCUCAGAGCUGGGACUACCCAGUCCAUCUAAAUGAGCAGCACUUGUGUAUAUGCGCUGUCUGCACUCUACACCUGUCAGAUCUGUCAGGCCAUUGACCAUUUUGCCCUGGAUUCUGUAAGUCACGGCCUAUCUUAGCUGGAGCACUCAAUAAGCCGCUUGAUUGACGUGAUACCUACAAAAUCUACCUCCACAGUGCUGACAGCUGUCCAUUAUUACCUGUAUACUACAUUAGGACUGACCCUACUACAUUGUACAAACUAUAAAACAAAUUCUUCAGCUAUAUUAACUAUAAACUGACUAUUCUGCAUCUGUAUCACACUACUUUUAUGAUCUGGAAGUAAGAAGCUGAACAGGAUCUUUCCACUGUAUAGAAAGAAGGUCUCGUCAAAACCAUCGAUUCAUAAAUUAAUCUUCUGAGCUGCAGUCAAUUCAUUUGAUACGAAAUACAAACAAGGGAACCCUUCACCAUGUCUAAUGAGCGAGCGAAGAAAAUCAUGGAGGGAUUCAAACUAAAUUCAAUGAUUCUCCGAGAUGGUGAAACCGGGAAAACAAUGUGGCAAGGAGCCGAAGAUCUGUCCUUUCCAGGUGUUGAACAUGAAGCCCGUGUACCCAAGAAAAUCUUGAAAUGUAAAUCUGUGUCCAGAGAAAUAAACUUUGCAUCUGAAGAAGAAAUGGAGAAUUUCAGACUAGAACAGAAAGUCUACUUUAAAGGGCAGUGUCUAGAAGAGUGGUCCUUUGAAUUUGGCUUUGUGAUGCCCAAUUCUGUGAACACCUGGCAGUCCAUGAUAGAGGCUGCCCCUGAGUCCCAGAUGAUGCCGGCUAAUGUUUUAACGGGCAACGUUAUUAUAGAAACUAAAUUCUACGAUGCUGAACUUCUCGUCAGUACAUCAAGGGUCAGGCUCUUCUAUGUGUGAAGUAUAAGGAGUCUACAUGGUUUUGUUUUUGUUUUUUUUACCCCAACAUCAUUUUCUUUAUUUUACUUUCUAAUCUCUUCUGGAAAAACAAACCAAACAGACUUUUUCUUGGGUGCUAUGGAUUUGAUUGCAUACUGGAACUACACCCAUGUUUCCAAAUAAGUGGUCUCAGAACACCCUGUCUUCAUAUUCAGCUAUUUAGAUCGCCGUCUGCAUCCUCUGCUCUUCUUGCAGUUCUUCUCAACUGAAUACUGAACUGUAUUUGUUUGUGUGUAUACAGCUGCACAGUGAUUUGUUACUCUCUCUGGCAGGCAAAUGCUUAGAGUUGCCUUCAUGGGAAAUAUAAUAUCGGGUAUAUACUGGUACAUCUGAAAAGAAUUAAGUAAGCUCAAUGUUAAUAUCUGUAUAUGCUGAUCCUUUUACCCUGUUCUGGCAUGAUUUUGGCAACAGCAGUGCCAUUUUACAUAGGUGUUACAGAUUGAUAGAGGUGUGUACUCUCAGACCUGCACUGUGCACCACCCUUCAGUAUUCAUAUGUUAUCUCUUUGUCAUUGUAAUUUUUAGGACAUCUCCAUUUUUAAAAACUUGAUUUAUUUGAGUACAUCCUAACCAUUAUUUUACUCAAGUAAGAAUAGCAUACUAUUGUAGAGAUAAAGGACUUCUGGUAAUCCUUUCUAGUACUGUGGCUUCCUGGGAGACCCCUGACCUUGAGCUUUGCAGGUUUUGGGAUUGAUUUUUGUAUUAUUGGCAAUUUAUUCUGAGUAAUAAAAUUGAGAGUUUAAUGUUUAGGUGAAGUGCUUGUUGUAGCGCUGUCCUUUUAUCUCUCUCUAUCUCGGCCAUGCCGCCUCUGUCCAGGACGGUGCAACCACCUCCCACUGACCUCCUCUCCCAGUGCCACAUCAGACAGCCAAUUUCAGCAUGGUUUGAAGGUUCCACUUUUUGGGUCAUUAAAGCACUGUAUGUGAAAAUUUAUUUAUUAGGGAUUCUAUUUAGAGUUGAUUUACAAAAUGGAGAUGUCCUUUUAAGUAGCUCCACUUUAUUUUGUUUGGACACAUUAAACUCUCACCAGAAAAAAAUGUCCUUUUCCUGGGUGUACAGUUGAUGGGCUACAAAAUCAAUAUAUUGCCCCCGAAAGAUUGAAUGAAGAUGCAACUUUAAGAACUAGUCGGUGAUUAAUAAUAAAACACCCUAUCCCUAUUUUUUAAUUAAUGAACACCUUUGGUAAGUAAAUGCUACAGUAUAUAUAGAAACUGAGCUAGCGGCUAUCGUUGACUAAUGUUACGAGAGGUGGAAAUUGUCUGCUUUAUUCUGAGUUUUACAGCAAACGUGCACUACACAGACAAAAUGGGCAGGAAUGUCUGCCCACCCAGACAUGGAAAAGUCAGUUUGUGAUGGAGAACUAUUUUUUCCAUUUUUCUGGAGGCGUUACAAAUGAUGCUUACUGGAGAGCAUUAGUCAGUCACAAUACUUUAGAGCACUAAUUUAUGGUCUGGAAAAAAAAUAAUCACAAGUCUAUGUAAAGAUGUAUUUUUUCUUAUUGUAAGUCAUGUGAAACUUAAUAAUAUCCAUAAACCAGUACAUAUAUACUGUAUGUAUGGGAAAUGCUGGGUCAUCUUUCUGUUAAUACUUAGUUUAUACAGUAUAUCAUAUAUCUCCAUUGGUUUCCAGGCCACCAUAGACUCACACUUAAAGAUCUGUGCUGCCUAAACAUUAUCAGAUGUAUGUAAGUUGUAUACAGCGGGGACAGUUUUGCAUUUUAAGUGAUUUUACAAUUAGUUUGUAAUCCAUUUUAUAAUGACCUAAUAAAACUGAAUUUAAAGAGUU